AUGGCUUUUGAUGGCACCUGGCAGGUCUAUGCUCAGGAGAACUACGAGGCAUUUCUGAAAGCUCUGGCAUUGCCAGAUGACCUUAUCAAAAUGGCCAAAGACAUUAAGCCUAUUGUUGAAAUAAAACAAAAAGGAGAUGACUUUGUUGUGACAUCAAAAACCCCCAAGCAAUCUGUAACUAACUCGUUCACGCUCGGCAAAGAGGCUGAAAUCACCACCAUGGAUGGCAGAAAGCUAAAGUGUACUGUGACCAUGGCAAAUGGGAAGCUUGUGUGCAAAUCAGAAAAAUUCUCCCAUGAGCAAGAAAUUAAAGGAAAUGAAUUGGUGGAGACUAUAACUGUUGGUGGAGUAACACUUGUCAGGAAAAGCAAGAGAGUUUAAAGGCAGAUCACCUGCUUUGGGACAUCUUUACAUACCUGAAACAAAGUGCAGCUUCCAC